AUGCAGUGUAUGCUCCUAAAGCGUAAUGGCAUCCAAGAAUCUGCUAACCACGUCUCACGUUUCGAGGUCCUUAUGUCUACGAGGGGAAGGGGAUUUUCGUACCGAGGCUCUGGAGGCAAGUUCGUGUCGACGUCUCUCACAGACAUGAGGCCGAGCGACGGCAAAGUUUUACAUGCGAUCCGGUGGUGUUUCUGGAUAUGUCGUUGUCGACGUUCACCGGGCGAGUGCUGGAUGUUUUUGCAUUACGUGAAGAGAUACUUGUCGUCGGUUCGGUCGGUGACACAAUUGCUUCAUGUUGACGCUGUCCUUUGCGAGCGCGUGACUCGGCGACGACGCCAGUGUCCACCAACCGUCGGCGACAUCGGUGAAGUGCGACUCCUCCUCGCAGCGCGAAACUCAAUCGUCGUCGGAGGGUGCUCGGGCGAGGUGGACCUCAUCCACCGUACCGUACCGUACAUCCGUCCCUCGCUGGGGCUGCUGACCGGCUGA